AUGGGUCAAACUGAGAGCCAAGACCAAAAUAGAAUGGAUGGCCCAACAUCAUCAAGUCCAAAUCUUACAGAAAAUCAGUCAAUUGCUCUUCAAAAUUCAGAUGAAUUCGUUCACAAAAUUAUUAAUGAUAAUCAGUUUUGGCAAAAUAGAGGAAAAGACAUAAUUUGCGAUUUCCAAUCCAAAAUGAUAAUUGAUCCCCCUAUUAGGAAGUUGAUUGAACAGCUACGUGCGGAUAUUAACUCAAAAGAUUUAGAUAAAAUAGCACGUGAAAAUGAAAAUUCAGCGAGAAAAUAUAGUUCCAUAAUUGAAAACAUCAAAACAUAUAAACCAUACUCGAUCCUUUUUGAAAUUGAUGCCCAACUCGAACAAUUACGAGCAGAAAACGAUAAAGAAUAUCAAGAAGUAGAGAAACUUAAAGAUGAAAACAAAAGAUUGCAUGACGAAUAUGAAAAACUUGUUAAACAAUGUACUUCAGAUUUCGAUAUAUUCAUUUAG